ACUCUCUUAAGCCAACCAUCUUUCAUCACUAACUUAGCACCCUCACCAUAAAACCCUCUCACAAACACUCUUCCCUUCUCCAAACCUUAGCCAUAAAAAGCACAACGCCUUUCCCAUGGCUCCCAAGGGCGACAACGUCAUCGUUUCGAACAUCAAACUCGAGCGAAUGCUAAGCAUGAAAGGCGGUAAAGGCGAAGCAAGCUACGCCAACAAUUCUCAAGCUCAAGCACAACAUGCCCGAUCAGUCCUUCAUCUCCUAAAAGAAACACUAGACGGAGUUCAUCUCAACUCGCCGGAACUCCCCUUCGUCGUGGUGGAUCUCGGCUGCAGCUGCGGCAGCAACACCAUUUACAUCAUCGACGUCAUCAUAAAGCACAUUAUAAAGCGCUUUGAGGCCUUGGCCGUCGACCCACCGGAAUUUUCUGCCUUUUUCUCCGAUCUCCCUGGAAAUGACUUCAAUACCCUCUUCCAGCUCCUCCCCCCGUUGGCCACUUACGGCGGCAGCAUGGAGGAGUGCCUCGCUGCCGACAACCACCGCUCUUACUUCGCCGCCGGCGUUCCCGGCUCCUUCUACCGCCGCCUGUUCCCAGCUCGGUCCAUCGAUGUUUUUCACUCCGCGUUUUCCUUGCAUUGGCUCUCUCAGGUGCCGGAGAGCGUGGUGGAUGUGAGGUCGACGGCGUACAACAGAGGGAGGGUGUCGAUCCACGGCGCAAACGAGGCGGCGGCGGCGGCUUACCGGAAGCAAUUUCAGACGGACCUAGCCGGAUUUCUGUGGGCCAGGGCCCACGAGCUGAAGAGAGGUGGGUCCAUGUUCCUUGUCUGCUUGGGACGGACCUCACUGGACCCCACCGACCAAGGUGGCGCCGGCCUCCUCUUUGGGACCCACUUUCAGGAUGCUUGGGAUGAUCUUGUCCAAGAGGGAUUGAUCAGUAGUGAGAAACGUGAUAGUUUCAACAUUCCCGUGUAUGCUCCUAGUUUGCAAGACUUCAAGGAAGUAGUAGAAGCAGAUGGUUCCUUUUCGAUAAACAAGCUUGAGGUUUUCAAGGGAGGUAGCCCAUUAGUAGUGAACCAGCCUGACGAUGCAGCAGAGGUCGGUCGAGCAUUAGCCAACAGUUGUCGAAGCGUCUCUGGUGUUCUCGUCGACGCCCAUAUCGGUGAUCGGCUAAGCGAGGAGCUCUUCAGUCGAGUGGAACGUAGAGCAACGAAUCAUGCUAAAGACCUUCUCGAGAAGCUUCAAUUCUUUCACAUUGUGGCAUCGCUUUCGCUUGCAUAAACAAGAGACGAACAACAACCAAAGAACAUAUAACAAAACACAGUGCUUUCUUCUCUCUUUUGGUGUUUGUUUGUUGUGUCUUUUAAGGAUGUGAUAUGUUACAUAGGAAAGAACAUGAAUCAAACAGGCAAAAGAGAGAGGUCAAAGGAGCUGCCCAUAUUCUGUCUUUUCUUUUUGUUUAUUAUAACUUUGUAAUGGGAUGGUUUGUGAGUCAUUUACUGACUUUGUAGCUAUAAAAAGAAUAUGUGCUUAUAG